UGUGGCAGAAGCUACGGUGGGAGAGGUUUUUCGAGUUGAAAUGGUUGAUUUCAGCGGGGGAGGUAUCACAAAGGAAUACACUGCCGAGGACAUCAAGAAUGCCAAUCCUUCAAUUGUCGUUGGGGACCCUUGGAAAAAUUCGUCACCCUAUCCCAGUUUGUCAUCUAACACUUGUAUGGACAUCAACAACGCCGUUCCUAUUCCUCAAUAGAUGCCGGUCAUAAGUAUAAACCAUACAUCCCUAUGCUUCCUGAUUCUCAACCUAAAUCAUCCAUGGCUCCUCGGACUCCAAGAUUAGUAGUUCCUAUUGACUUAAGCAGCAAACCAUGGCAGCAAAAGCUACCUCUUCACAACCGUUGGCACCCAGACAUACCCCCGGUGGCUGAGGUCAAAACCGGUGAGUUAUUUAGAGUAGAGAUGGUAGACUGGACUGGAGGUGCUAUUAAUGAUGAUGACUCUGCAGUAGACAUAAAAACCAUAGACCUCUCAACUGUUCAUUAUCUCAGCGGACCGAUUAGGAUUUCAGACAAGGCUGGAAUUCCAGCACAGCCAGGUGAUCUUCUGGUAGUUGAGAUAUGCAACUUGGGCCCUCUUCCAGGAGAUGAAUGGGGUUUCACAGCAACAUUCGACAGAGAAAAUGGAGGGGGAUUUCUGACUGACCAUUUUCCUUGUGCAACCAAAGCUAUUUGGUAUUUUGAAGGGAUAUAUGCCUACUCUCCUCAAAUACCAGGAGUGAGAUUCCCAGGGUUAACACACCCUGGAAUAGUUGGAACAGCACCAUCGACGGAACUCUUGAACAUAUGGAAUAAGAGGGAGAGAGAACUUGAGGAAAAUGGAAUCAAGUCUCUGAAACUAUGUGAGGUUGUGCACCAACGGCCCUUGGCUAGCCUACCAUCAACAAAAGGUUGCGUCCUUGGAGGGAUCAAAGAGGGCACUCCCGAAUGGGAAAAGAUAGCAGUGGAGGCCGCAAGAACAAUUCCAGGAAGAGAAAAUGGUGGCAAUUGUGACAUCAAGAAUCUUAGUAGAGGUUCAAAGGUAUACCUUCCAGUAUUCAUUGAAGGAGCAAAUCUUAGCACUGGUGACAUGCACUUUUCACAGGGAGAUGGUGAAAUCGCAUUCUGUGGUGCGAUUGAGAUGAGUGGUUUCCUGGAGCUCAAGUGUGAAAUUAUAAGGGAUGGAAUGAAAGAAUACCUAACACCGAUGGGGCCAACUCCUCUUCAUGUGAAUCCAAUCUUUGAAAUAGGUCCCGUCGAGCCAAGAUUCUCGGAAUGGUUGGUAUUUGAGGGCAUCAGUGUUGAUGAGAGUGGGAAGCAGCACUACCUAGAUGCAACUGUUGCUUACAAGCGUGCAGUACUGAAUGCCAUCGACUACCUCUCUAAAUUUGGAUACUCAAAAGAACAGAUCUACCUUCUGCUGUCAUGCUGUCCAUGCGAGGGAAGAAUUUCUGGAAUAGUCGAUGCUCCCAAUGCUGUUGCAACCCUAGCAAUCCCAAUAGCUAUCUUUGACCAGGAUAUUCGACCAAAAACGAACAAGGUCCCGGUUGGUCCCCGGAUAGUGAGGACACCAGAUGUCCUAAAAUGUACUUACGAUGGAAAUUUGCCAACGACAAGGAACCCUAGCUCAGCAACAUAAGUGUUGUCAAAGGUCCUCAGAGAAAUAAAGCAAACAUUUCAGCCCAUAUCGAUUAUGUCUACUAAGACAUGCAUGUAUGAAUUCAGAUUGUCAAUCAUAAAGCUAGCAACACAAGUAAACAUAUAGAAUGGAGCUGAUAGCUGGCCAAACAAGACAUAAUUCUCAUAUAUUGCGUAUCUUAUACUUAACAGCUACCUUGUAUGAAAAUAUAAUAAUCCAUCCCCAUUUCUUUUGCUUA